CCCGAGCCCGAACCCCCGCGCACCAUGGCUGCCCAGGGCGAGCCGGGCUACCUGGCGGCGCAGUCGGACCCGGGCUCCACGAGCGAGCGCAGCACCGACUCGCCCGUGCCGGGCUCCGAGGACGACCUGGCCGGGGGCCCCCUGCCCAGCCCCGAGUGGAGCGAGGAGCGCUUCCGCGUGGACAGGAAGAAACUCGAGGCCAUGUUACAAGCUGCUGCUGAAGGAAAAGGCAAGAGUGGAGAAGACUUUUUCCAAAAGAUCAUGGAAGAGACAAAUACACAGAUUGCUUGGCCAUCAAAGCUAAAGAUUGGAGCGAAAUCCAAGAAAGAUCCUCAUAUUAAGGUCUCUGGAAAGAAAGAAAAUGUUAAGGAAGCCAAGGAAAAGAUAAUGUCUGUCUUGGACACCAAAAGCAACCGAGUCACCCUGAAGAUGGAUGUUUCACACACAGAACAUUCUCAUGUAAUUGGCAAAGGUGGGAACAAUAUUAAAAAGGUGAUGGAGGAAACAGGAUGUCACAUCCACUUUCCAGAUUCCAAUAGGAACAACCAAGCAGAGAAAAGUAAUCAGGUGUCUAUUGCAGGACAGCCAGCUGGCGUCGAGUCUGCCCGAGUUAGAAUUCGGGAGCUGCUGCCCUUGGUCCUGAUGUUUGAGCUGCCCAUUGCCGGCAUUCUUCAGCCCAUUCCGGACCCCAAUUCGCCCACCCUUCAGCAUAUAUCGCAAACGUACAACAUUUCAGUAUCAUUUAAGCAGCGUUCCCGCAUGUAUGGUGCCACUGUCAUUGUCCGAGGGUCCCAAAACAACUCCAGUGCAGUGAAGGAGGGGACCGCCAUGCUGUUGGAGCAUCUUGCAGGGAGCCUGGCAUCUGCCAUUCCUGUGAGUACCCAGCUAGACAUCGCCACUCAGCACCAUCUCUUUAUGAUGGGUCGGAAUGGAAGCCACGUCAAGCAGAUCAUGCAGAGAACUGGUGCUCAGAUCCACUUUCCUGACCCCAAUAACCCACAGAAGAAAUCCACUGUCUACCUCCAGGGCACCAUUGAGUCAGUUUGUCUUGCAAGACAAUAUCUCAUGGGCUGUCUUCCUCUUGUGUUGAUGUUUGAUAUGAAGGAAGAGAUCGAUGUGGAACCUCAGUUUAUCGCUCAAUUGAUGGAACAAUUAGACGUCUUCAUCAGCAUCAAGCCCAAGCCAAAACAGCCAAGCAAGUCUGUGAUUGUGAAAAGCGUUGAGCGAAAUGCCUUAAAUAUGUAUGAAGCCAGGAAAUGUCUCCUCGGACUUGAAAGUAGCGGCGUUGCUAUAACAACCAGCCCGUCUCCAGUCUCGUGCCCUGCUGGCCUGUCGUGUCCGGGCUUGGAUAUCUUAGCUUCUGCAGGCCUGGGACUCACUGGACUAGGUCUUCUUGGUCCGACUGCCUUAUCUGUAAACACCUCGACAACUCCCAGCUCCCUCCUGAAUGCUCUCAACAGCUCUGUCAGUCCCCUGCAGAGUCCGAGUUCUGGUGCUCCCAGCCCCACGCUCUGGGCUCCUCCACUGGCCAACACGUCAAGUGCCACAGGUUUUCCACCUCUCCCGCACCUCAUGAUUCCCUCCACGGCCCAGGCCACGUUGACCAGUAUCUUGUUGUCUGGCGUGCCCAACUAUAGCCAGACAACUCCAUCUCCCCCUCCUGGCUUGACUCCUGUAGAAGUCCAUGUCAACGGCAUGCAGCCCGAUGGCCCCCAAGGUUCUCCGGCUCUGAACGGACAUGUGCAGUCUUCAAAGAUAAAAUAUGGUGCAAUAUCGACCUCAUCCCUUGGAGAAAAAGUGCUGACUGGAAAUCACGGGGACCCGUCACGCCAGACGAGCGCCUCCGAUCAAGUGUCAUCCAAGUCCGGUGCCCCGGAAGGUUGCAAUGAUGCUUUUGUGGAAGUGGGUAUGCCUCGAAGUCCUUCUCAUUCAGCCAGUGCCACUGAGCUCAAGCAGAUGAUGACUUCUUCCAAGGUGUCCUGCUCCAAGAGGCAGACAGUAGAAUUACUGCAAGGCACAAAGAACUCUCAUUUACACACCACAGAACGAUUGCUCUCGGAUCCAGAGAUGAGUGCUUCAGAAAGUCCUUUGGCCGACAAAAAGGCUCCAGGGAGUGAACGAGCGGCCGAGAGGGCAGCGGCAGCCCAGCAGAAUUCGGAAAGAGUGCGCCUCCCUCCGCGAUCCUCAUAUGUCAACAUGCAGGCAUAUGACUAUGAACAGAAGAAGCUGUUAGCAACCAAAGCAAUGCUGAAAAAGCCGGUGGUGACAGAAGUGAGGACACCAACCAACACGUGGAGUGGCCUGGGAUUCUCUAAGUCCAUGCCAGCCGAAACCAUCAAGGAGCUGAGGAGGGCCAAUCACGUCUCCUACAAGCCCACCAUGAGGACCACGUACGAGGGAUCAUCAAUGUCUCUGUCAAGGUCCAACAGUCGUGAACACCUUGGAAGUGGAAGUGAAUCAGAUAACUGGAGAGACCGGAAUGGCAUUGGCCCUACUGCCCACAGUGAAUUUUCGACUUCUCUUGGGAGCCCCAAACGCAAGCAAAACAAAUCAACCGAACACUAUCUCAGCAGCAGCAAUUAUAUGGACUGCAUUUCCUCACUGACGGGAAGCAAUGGCUGUAGCUUGAACAGCUCCCUCAAGGGGUCCGACCUCCCUGAGCUCUUCAGCAAGCUUGGACUGGGUAAAUACACCGAUGUGUUCCAGCAGCAGGAGAUUGAUCUUCAGACAUUCCUCACUCUCACAGAUCAAGACUUAAAGGAGCUGGGGAUCACAACUUUUGGGGCCAGAAGGAAAAUGCUGCUCGCCAUCUCAGAACUGAAUAAAAACCGAAGAAAACUUUUCGAACCACCUAAUGCGCGUGCCUCUUCUCUGGAAGGAGGAGCCAGUGGGCGUCUGCCGCGUCAGUAUCCCUCGGACAUUGCUAGUGUCAGUGGCCGCUGGUAGCUCUGAGCCCUUGGCUUUCACCCAGAUAACUCUAGAGUUGGACACAGGAACCCUGUGACUGACCAGCUGUCACUGCACACCACCCUCAGCACUUCGGGCAUUGGGUAUCAGGACCAAAGCGUUUUGUCUGCACAUGUACUUGGUGCCAAACAGAGAAGAAAUAGUCAUCUGUCGUCUUUCAGAACACCAAAAUGUGGAUUGCUUUUUCUUAUAUAGAUUUGACAGAAUUUGCAAUAAUAAUAAUGAUGAUAAUAAUAAGAGGGGUUUAGUUUUUUUUAUUUCCUAUAAAAUGUAUGCACUGAAUUUUUACUUUGAAUGAAGGAUUAAGAAUUGACAUCUGAGAUGCCAGAGAGCAUAGAUUGUUUUGUUUUGUUUUGUUUUGUUUGGGGGUGGGGUUUGGGAUUUUUUUUUCUUUUGUUGUUUUUUUUAUCAAGUUGGAAUUUUCUGGUACUGCUUAAAAAUAAUUAUUGAGGUCUUUCAGCACUUUACAUACCCUGAUUUCUUGUCCUGUGGAAAUUUUUUUUUCUCCCUCCCAUUUUUUCAUAUCAGCUCAUAUAUUGGCCCAAAUCAAAUUUAGCCAUGUGUUUCUACUAGAUACAAUCUCUCCUGUGAUGGUAUAAGACGAUGAUCUUUAUGUAUAGCAUCCUAUAACUUCAUGUCGGGGUCGGGGUGGGGAAUAUGAUAUUUAAAAAAAUUCACUUGGUUCUGGACCAAUUCUGUCCACUUAGGUUUUGCAUCCUAGAAACCUUUAGCCCUGAAAUUUCUCAUCUGUAAUCGGUGCAAUGAAAGACCAAAAUGGAUGAAUGAAUCUUGCAAUAUUAAUCCUUUACAGUCGUCAUAUUUAACUGCUGCCUAUAUUGCCAAAAAGAAAUGAUUUUAAUGGCUGUCUGAAGGCAAAGGGCUAUUUUUUAGUAUACUGCCACUAAAGGACAUUUAUUUAUAUCAGACUUUUAUUUUUAGGUACUAUAAGCAUUAGUGUACGUAACAGGAAACUGAGACCUACUAAAAUGUAUGGUAGAAAAUGAAUGGACUGGAGCUCAAAUCCAACUCUAUUUAAACAGAUACCAAAUCAUAGCUGACAAGACAGCCCUGAUGCUGUGAUAACAGGAAGGAGCAGCCCCAAUGUUGACUCCAUAGGCAAUCUUUAGGCACCAUACACAUGCAUCAGGUAUCCAGAAUCAGAUGCAUUGUUUGGUGUGGGUUCCUCGGGGGCAGGGGAAGUUGGAUGUUUUCAGAUGGGCCCUUUCCAAAGGUGGCUGGGCUGGAAGUACCCAAGGCCACAGUGUCAGUGGUCAGAGCUCCUAAUUACAUUCUGAUACUGUGAAAGUCCGUGAACCUUGGCAAUGUCGUUUCCUGUCUCUUUUCAGACAUCCUCUUAUAGACUUAGGAAGUGUUUAUUUUACAUGGAAGAAAAGAAGUCCAAAAGUGUCUGCCUCUCCCUCUCCCUCUCCCUCUCCCUCUCC